AUGGCUUUUAAAGAGCUGAAGACGGAUGAGGAUUUUGACGAUGAAGAAGGUAUUGAAUCAAAACGUAAACGUCGAAUUUUAGUUCCUAUAAAAAAAAUUGUUAAAUAUCUCGGCGUACAAGAAGAUGAAUUAGUCUCUUUUAUUAUUGAUCACUUACGUAAUAAAAAGCCAGCUGAAGACUUAACCAAAGAAAUGAUGAUGUAGAUGAGGAAUAUGAGCUAUUUAUGAAGAAGUCAUGGAUGUAUGUCAAUUUUUGAAACAGAAAGUAAGACAAGAAAAAUAUAAAAUAAAGAUACAGCUUUUGAAAGGUUUCUAGA